UGAAGAUCUCUUUCCGGUCACUGUGACUCAAAAUGUAACACACUGCUUUUCACAUCUUGUCCGUAAAUGCCUGUCCGUCUACCCCUCCCCGUCCUCAUCCCGUCCCGCUUCCAAAUCGCAUCGAUUCAGCGCAGCCGCAACAACUUUGCCUCUUUUCUAGCUACUCCCUGUAUCCGCCGCGAUCGCCUGAGUAUACGACAAUAUUUCACCUUUCAUUCUAUGCCCACAAACGCACAUAGAGCUCAAUCUUGUGAACGACCAGCCAAACGGAGACGAACGUCCUACAGCUCUGCUACCACCCCUAUGGCAAUAGAACCCGACGUCAUGGCCCCCGUUCUGCCGAUAAUUGAGCUUACUCAAAUCGAGAAGACGCUGACACAUCUUCUACUCGAUGUUGUCGAGUAUAUCAAGCAGAAAGGUGCCAAGAAUGGCGACAAAUCCAUUCCCCAGGACGUGGUCCUCAGAUUUACGGGUGGAUGGGUUAGGGAUAAACUGCUGGGAGUGGAUAGUAACGAUAUUGAUGUUGGCAUUAGCACGAUGACAGGCUACAAGUUUGGAGUGGAACUAAAAGAGUACCUCGAUAAUCCCGAGCACCUGGAGAAGUAUAAGAGCUUCCACUCGGAUGAUGCGCUCAAGAGCGUCAUAGGCGGUCUUCACAAGAUUGAAGCAAACCCGGAAAAAUCAAAACAUUUGGAAACUGUGGCUACCAAAAUAUUUGGGCUGGAAGUUGACCUGGUGAAUUUGCGUAAAGAAACCUAUUCGGAUCACAGCCGGCACCCGGAAAUGGAAUUUGGGACUGCAGAAGAAGACGCUCUUCGCCGCGACGCUACAGUGAAUGCUUUAUUUUAUAAUCUUCAUACAUCGUCGGUUGAAGAUUUCACCGGCAGAGGUAUAGCGGAUUUAAGGGCGCAUCUGAUCCGUACACCUCUUGAGCCAUAUCAGACGUUUAAAGAUGAUCCACUGCGUGUGCUACGAUUAAUCCGCUUUUCCAGUAGGCUCGGAUAUAAAAUCGACCCGAACACAGAGGAAUCCAUGCAACACGAUGAUAUCAAAGAUGCUCUUAAGUUAAAAAUUAGUCAGGAAAGAAUUGGCGCUGAAGUUGAAAAGAUGCUCAAAGGACCUGAUCCCCUCAUGGCAUUGCAUAUUAUAGAGCGACUUGGACUAUAUGACACCAUAUUUGCAAAUCAUCAAGAUGAUGUUGUUGUGGACGUGUCGUCUUGGAGCCGAGCAUACGAGUCGCUCAUGGCUAUCCUAGAUGAUAAUUAUAAUGAAGUUACCAUUUCACAAGAAAGUCGAGCUACUUUACGCAGCAUUCUUAUCCGGCAUAGGGAGGAUACAUAUCAUUCCUGGAUGCUGGCAGCAUUAUCCCCUUGGGCAGUAGUUCCUCAGAAAGAACCUCCACCUAACAAAAAGGAGCUGCCACCGAGACCGUCAAUGGUGGCUCGAGACAGCCUUAGGGCUGACAAUAAAACGGUUGAUAUAUUAAAGUCUGGCGCCAAAUAUUACGGCAUGGUUUCCGAUCUUAAAUCAGCGUUUUUAAAUCGAGAACUUGGCAAGACCUUGCCUGAUAUACGCUGGAGAAUAGGGAGAUCAAUUCGAAUAAUGGGUGCGGAGUGGCGGCUAUGUUUCAUCCAAGCUGUCCUACUAGAAAUCAUGCAAGGAGAAGAAGCCGGAAAAGUGUUCUCUGAGUAUGUCGAAUUCCUCUUAUAUAUUAAGGAGCAAAAUAUGCUUGAUGUGGAUGCUCUUCGCCCACUUGCCAAUGGCCACCAACUUGCAUCUGCCCUUGGUGCGAUGCCCGGUCCGUGGAUGUCUAAAGCACUAGAAAUGGUGAUUGAAUGGCAGCUCCGAAAUCCAGAAAGAGAUGAUGGAGACGGUGCGAUAGCUGAGGUGAAGCGACGGGCUGAUGAGUUGGAUUUGAGCCCACCAGUUAAGAAAAAGAAGUAAUAGUUAAAAGAGUGAAAGGUGGAAAAGCUGUUCUAUGAGCAUCUUGUAGAC